GGGAACCGCAGUACUUGAGUUCCAUCUCUAAAACGGUCUUUUAUUUGUACGUUGUUUUAGUUGGUUCUUGGCAAUAAUAAAUCAAUAUACCGCCGAGUGAUCAAAUGAGUGCCUUUGUGUAACGCUAUGGGGCCAUGGGUUCUAUGCUAACAAGUAACAAUACUAAUAACAAUAAUAAACAAGACUAAGACGGGGCGGGCUAGCCUUGUAGCCGACUCAGAAUGUGGCAGUGUUGAUAGUGCAGCUGUGGAAAGCGCCGUGGACCAUCGAAGUGAUCCCAGAGUAGAUCACUGCACUCAGGCAAGUCCUGAAAGCACAGUCUGUUGAGAUUGUUGGACGUUUUUGUGCUCUUCUUAUAUAGCCUCAGUGCCCAGUCGGACACCCACUUUUCAGCGGUAGGAGCCUACACGAAGUACCCGUGAGGUUCACAUUAACUUCCUAAACAAGUGUAACCGCAGUGUCCGUGCAUCAUGUCUUCAAAGACUCCGGGAAGUAAACAGGCCGCGGGUUCUGCACGCAUGAGCCUUCGGCGCAAAAGUGUCGGCAAUGGGAAUUCUACUAAAAAACCUGCUAUUAGAUGCGUAUUAGUGUCCGUAUCAGGUUGUUCGACUGCAUCGUCGAGUAGUGGAGGCCAAGGUAGCAGUAUGAGUUCCGGGACCCGAAGCGUACGCAGUAAUGUUUCGGAGGAAAGAAUUGAACCCCCGUAUGAAGAAAGGCUUCCACAAUCGUCCUCAAAUUCACUCGAGUAUUACCCAAGUUCGAGAGUUACGGCCAAUCUAGCUUCAUUGAGCACAGGCACAAAUAACGCCAGUGCAACGGGCAAUGCAGCCGCCUCUUUGACUGCUGCUCAACAGCAGCAGCCGCCGCCGCAUGACAAUGAACACAGCAACAGCCCUAGCGUCAACCAACAACACCAUCUUCCAGAUGCACCAGUAGGAGCUUCGGCGUGUGGUCCACUGGGUGCAGUGGGUGCUGUAGCCCCACAUCAACCACCGUACGAUUUGCGUCGAAAACUCUACGACGGAGGACCUAAUUGGGGGGCAACUGUUCCUCGAAAGCGCCAACGGCGCACAGGCAGUUCAUCUCCUGAGGAGCCGCUGUGUUUGGAUGCACAUUGUUCAGAGUUGAUGGCUCUUGAACCGGUACUUCCUACGAGUGCGUCAGUAGGCAGCUCCUCUCCACUAGGCCAUAAUGAAACAUCGAUUGAAGGCAUGAUGGGAGCGAACGGCUGCUCGUCCGCAAGUGGUUCGACCGAUCCUUCAAAUCUUGAAGCGGAGCGGGUAGAGACUGAUGUAGCUGAAACGACGACACGUGGCCUUGAAAUCACAGAGCUUCCUGACGAAUUGCUACUGAAUAUCGCGUCUUUUUUGUUAGAACAGGAUUUAUGUCGGCUGGCACAGGUGUGCCGACGUUUUUACGUUAUAGCGUGCGACACGGAACUCUGGAAACGCCUAUAUCAAAGUGUAUUCGAGUAUGAGCUUCCACUAAUGAUUGGUGGUCCAAGCCAGGGAGGCAGUGCAAGUUUUUACUUCGUCCAACCCGGAGGAAAUAUUGGGGCUACGAGUGCCCAUAUUUCCUCUACCAGCGGUUCUGUUUUGCAUUUAUCUCAACAGCAACCAGCUAUUUAUCAGCCGGCUGUGCCACCUGUUAUUCACGAGGCUGUCGACGGGCAUCGUGCAGGAGCCGUAAGCCCUCCCCCAGCCUUGCAGGGCAUUUCCACAGGUCCUGGAACUUCGAAUGGUUCUGGAGUGACUCCUGGAAUGCUCGUUAAGCCAUGGAUUUCACCUGAACGGACAACACCUGCGGGAUCAUCGGCCGAAGUUAGGCCUUCUCAUUCAGGCCAUCUCGCCGAUGCCGGCAAUGUUUCGCAAACAAAUCAUGGAUUACAUGCUAAUAGCUAUCAACUUGGAAACGGAAUCUCAUCACCAUCGUCGUCAUCAUCAUUGUCGUCGUCAUCGUUGACACUAUCAGCAUGUGGACUAGUGCUAGCGGACAAUCCAUGGAAGGAGAGCUUCCGGCAGCUUUACAGAGGAGUUCACGUUCGUCCCGGUUGGCAAACAAAGGCUGAAUCUAAUCCUGAAAGGUAUAAAGGGAGAACGAUAGCGUACUUUGAUACAAUCGAAAGUGCGUUUGCGUAUACGGAAGAAAUGGACAGCACUACCAAUGGAACUACCUUUGCGCACCAAUCGGGCCACCAAGGGCCACAUAGCUUAACUGUCUCAUCCGGCAUUAAUAACAGUAGAGACGACGAAUCCAGCGGACGUAACGGAUGUUUGGGUACUACACCUGAACGAUUACAUCCACUUAUCUUAAUUCAUAGUGGAAAUUACAAGAAUGAGUUUUUAGUAGUGGACAGUCCCGUACAUAUGCUCGGGUGUGGACCCGGCUGGAAUCCAGCGGAAACUGUAGUUCUAGAGCGCGACACGGAAUCGACAAUUACGUUUGUUGAAGGUAGUCGUGGGUCUUAUCUCGGCUAUGUCACACUACGAUUUGCUCCAGAAGUCUGCUCAAAUGUUCCCCAUCACAAACACUACUGCUUGGAAAUAAAUGAAAAUUCGGCGCCUAUUAUUGAUCAUUGUAUUAUUCGUUCUCAGUCUGUUGUGGGAGCCGCUGUUUGCGUAUCAGGAAUCGGCGCUGAGCCGACAUUACGGCACUGUGACAUCUCCGACUGCGAGAACGUAGGGCUGUACAUAACAGAUCACGCGCAGGGUCUUUAUGAAGAAAACGAGAUAUCUAGGAAUGCGUUAGCUGGAGUGUGGGUAAAAAAUCAUGCAAACCCGGUUAUGCGACGGAACCACAUUCAUCAUGGCCGAGACGUUGGGGUGUUUACGUUCGACAAUGGGUUGGGCUAUUUUGAAGCAAACGACAUUCACAACAACCGGAUCGCCGGGUUUGAAGUUAAAGCCGGAGCUAACCCCACAGUUGUCCGAUGUGAAAUACACCAUGGACAAACUGGUGGGGUGUAUGUGCACGAGAAUGGGCGAGGCCAGUUUCUCGUCAACAAGAUUCAUUCUAACAACUUCGCUGGAGUAUGGAUAACUUCUAACAGCAACCCGACAAUACGGCGCAACGAUAUUUAUAAUGGUCACCAGGGGGGAGUCUAUAUCUUUGGAGAAGGUCGUGGCCUAAUCGAGCACAAUAAUAUACACGGUAACGCCUUAGCGGGUAUACAGAUCCGUACAAAUUCAGACCCUAUUGUACGCCAUAACAAAAUCCAUCACGGGCAACAUGGAGGCAUUUAUGUUCAUGAGAAAGGCCAAGGACUCAUCGAGGAAAACGAGGUGUAUGCUAAUACUUUGGCGGGUGUAUGGAUUACAACGGGUAGCACGCCAGUGCUACGGCGGAAUCGAAUUCAUUCUGGAAAGCAGGUGGGCGUCUAUUUUUACGAUAAUGGGCAUGGUCGACUUGAAGAAAAUGACAUUUUCAACCAUCUGUACUCCGGCGUUCAAAUCCGAACAGGAAGUAACCCAAUGAUUCGACGGAACAAAAUUUGGGGAGGCCAAAAUGGCGGAGUUCUUGUCUACAAUGGAGGACUUGGCGUUCUGGAGCACAAUGAGAUUUUUGAUAACGCUAUGGCGGGUGUAUGGAUCAAAACAGAUUCUAACCCGACUCUUCGACGAAACAAAAUUUACGAUGGUCGAGACGGAGGCGUUUGUAUUUUCAAUGGAGGCAAAGGUGUCCUUGAGGAAAACGACAUUUUCCGGAAUGCACAGGCGGGUGUGCUGAUCUCAACGCAAAGUCACCCAGUGUUGCGGAAAAACCGUAUAUUUGAUGGGCUUGCAGCCGGCGUCGAGAUCACUAAUAGCGCCACGGCAACGCUCGAGGGAAACCAGGUAUUCAACAAUCGUUUCGGCGGCCUAUGCCUAGCAAGUGGAGUAUCUCCUCAGCUUAAAAACAAUCGGCUGUACGGUAAUCACGACGCAGUGGAAAAAGCCGUAGCAGGUGGCCAAUGCCUCUACAAGAUUAGCAGCUAUACAUCAUUUCCGAUGCAUGAUUUCUACCGAUGUCGUACAUGUAAUACUACCGAGCGUAACGCCAUUUGUGUUAAUUGUAUCCGUUCCUGCCAUUCAGGCCACGACGUUGAAUUUAUCCGACACGAUCGCUUCUUUUGUGAUUGUGGAGCAGGCACCCUUAGCAAUCAGUGUCAGCUUCAGGGAGAACCAACGCAGGAUACAGACACACUUUAUGAUUCCGCAGCGCCGAUGGAGUCGCACACGCUAAUGGUCAAUUGAACAAGAAAAGCGGAAAGUGGCCUAUGAUUGACUGCUAUACACACGGCCCAAUGAGCAUAACUACCCAAGAAUAGCAAAUGGCUGUUGGUAUAGUAAAGCAAAUACUGUUUAUCAUCAUCAUAUAAAUACAAUAAUAAUGGUAGGCAGAGUUCAAGCAUCAAGACGGUCUAAUGCUCAUCAGUCUUCACAGGAACAGUUUAACCACUUCGCUGUAUAACCAACAUUUUAUAUUUUUUUUUAUUAGAAUUACUGAAGACAGUGGUGACGAUAAUGAUCCUGCCAUAAGUUGCAUGUGCAAUGGCCGACAAAUGCGGUCCCCAAUGCUAGCGGCUGAGGAAAAGAUCGUCCUUCCACGAUGAAAACGGCAAUUAAUUCUAAUCAGUGGCUAACAAUAAAUGCAAAAGGUACGAAAAACUAUGAGUCAGAUGGACA